AUGUCUAAAGAGAUCAAACAAGUUGUGGAAAAAGUUGUUUUCUUUUCGAGCCAAUACGGAUCAGACAAAUCGAAAAGCUAUACAGCUGCGAAUUUAGCUGGGAAAUUUUACAACUACCCGAACUAUGGCGAUUUCACCCAAGCAUUUGUUUUGGUAAGAUGUGUUCAACUACACACCUCUACAGCUGACUAAACAUAUGUUGUAAGCCACCAACAGAUGAAAACUCGACAACAUAACAAGUUUCAGUGUGUUUGAAAUGUAGGAAUGAUCGAACCUUAAAGUUUGAAGUAGUUAUUGAGUCCAAUUGAUUAAAUUGUGAAGCUAAAGAUACAGUUUAGGACUGGAGGCAUAUAUGUUAUUUGCCGGCCUACGGCCUCGGGCUGCAUUUUCAAGAUCAAGGUCACAGUUUUUCACCAUACGGACUGAUCCUUAGCCGGUAAAUAACAUAUUAAUUUUUUUUUAAACUUAACGAAAUUCUCUCCGAAAGAACCCGAAUGAUUCAGGGCUGUAAAUACGGCAAGAUCUUCUAUAAACUGAACAAUUUUUGAGCAAGUAAAUGGUAGUUAAAGUAGAGGUGAUGCAAAUUAAAGAGAAAUGCUUCACCGAAACAUUUUCAUUUGUGUAAUGAUAAAGGUGAUUUAAAAGGCUUCCAAACAAACUUUGAAACAUUAUUUUUACAAGUAUCUGUCACAAUCUGACACCUGUCAAUUAGAGAGUGCGUAAGAAAAAAAAGCGCAUGUACACUUUUGAAAAACAAGGAAAUUAGUUUGGCAAGGACUGUCACAACAAUGUUUUCUUCAAAAACAGCCUAUGAUCUAACGGAAAGUAUUCACUCUCAUUUAUAAUUAAUUCAUGAACAAAGAUUUACCUCUGUUUGUUAAGGAAACGGCGAGGAAAGUAAUUGUGAGUAAAUUCAAAUUUUUUAUUUUGAAGUUUUGAGUUUGUUUGCUGUAAUGGCUUGUGUAAAUCUGGUCUUUCCUCCGCAAAAAGUAAAUUUGAAUGAUACACUCCAACAAAACACAAGGAGAUUUAAUGUAGCCUUUUUUCAUUGAAUUCCUUCAGUUUCUGUUGUGCAAUUUACAGUACAAAUGUCCAAAUUGAACAGACUUGGAAAGACUCACAGAGAGCAUAUAUUUGUUGUAAAACUGAAAUUAAAACUUCACUUGCCCUUUCACUGCAAACAAAUUGUUUGAGAAAAUUCAGAUAUUAAAUGAAUGAAAGUUCCAUCAAUUAGUUCAACUGUAACCAAAUACCUCACAUUUUAACUUUCUAGGUACUAUUUUUGAGUGAUUAAAAUUAAUUGCAGACAGUUUUUAGGCCACUUGUCAUGUAAUGACACUAUUACUUAUACAAAUUCAUUCUAAAACCAAUAUUUUUCUGUCAACCAAAGUGAUUUGAGAGAGAGGAAAGAGAGGAUUAAUAAGUUAUUUCUUGGCUUGAGGUAGUGACCAACAUCUUUGCUUAAAAAUACUGCCCAGCCGGAAAAAACGAGAUAUAUUUGUGAAAAAUGGCAAUGAAAGUAGGGAUGUAAUCGACAACUCACAAAAGCUUUAUCGUGGCCUGUGGGCAGAGAUAGGAAAAUACUGACCAGGUAAAGAACCAAUCAGAUUGCAGGAUUUGUUACCAUGUCCUCCGAAAAAAAAUAAAACUGUGUAGUGAACGAGUAAUGUUCUGAAGGCCACAAGCUAGGUGCAUAAAACUUCCACAACUGUCAAUUUUGAUUCUCAAUUGCUCUAAAGAUAUUAAAAAUAAUCACUUGAAGUUAGACUAACUAAAGCUGAAUCCAUUUAAUGAAAAUAUUAUCAACCAAUCAUUAGAGGAGAUCUUUCUUUUUUCCAGAGAUCUUAUGGACCAUGGUGGGAAAUGUCACCAUCAUUCCGAGCCCCUAUUGACAAGUCGAGAAGAAAACUCAACAGUGAGGAUUUCGUUGGUAGGAAAUAUAAUUUUGUAGUUGAUGAAGAACAGCAUAAUCAACACAUCUUUUUGAUGAUGGGUUAAAAUUGAACUGCAAAUUAGGUAUUACAGUUGUCCAAGUUUGCCAAUGUGUUGGUGCUGAUACGCACAUGUAAGAGAAUACAAGCAUGUAAGAGAAAGGGGUCAUGCAUACUUGAGGCAUCUGUGCAUCAAGAUUUGGUCGAUUCCAUUGGUCUACAUGUCAACCAGCAAUCAGUUCAUUGGCUGAAACUUGAUCACCUUAUCACAAGGCAUAAAAUUAAUCUUUUUCUUUCAGUAGCCAACUGGCUCCUAGAUAUUUUGUAGUGGUAGCCAAUUCUAAAAUAUUGGUUGCCAUGUUUUAUUAAGGUGCAUAUAACACCAACAGUCCACCUGUGCACCACAAAACUCAACUAAAAUGCUGUUAACUGUUGAUCACAAUGUGAUGGUCAAGGUGUCCGCUGAGUGUUGAAUGAUAUACCAACCAAGUCUCAACCAACAGUCUGCCUACAUGAAUCACAUGGUGACUGACAGUUGGUUGACAUGUCUAUCAAGUAUCAGCCAAUAUAUUGACCAACACUGGGUUGCCAUGUCAACCAAUAGUAUCAAUUGAUACUCAGCUGAUAGAUGCCUGAAGUGCACAUGAUCCAGAGAGAAUGUCCUUUCAUGUCCAAUAUUUUCAUUGUCUGCAUAUAGUGUAGUGAUCAAAUUAUUUCUGAGAUAGACACUUUUGGGAGAAUCACCAUGAGGAGCCAUGUAACAUUAAACAAAGAGUUGUGCAAAAUGUGCCAUUUUCAUUUAAUCUUAAAAGAUUAUGUACACAGUAUGGCAUGCAUUAUGAAUUAUCGAUAAUCAUCUUGAAUUCAAAAUUAUACACUAUUAUAGCAUUAGCUUGAAAGCUUUGUGGAAUGAUUAGGGGAUAUUUCAUGCAAGGUGAAAAUAACAGUCUGCUUAGCUGGCAGUCUUGAAGGGGAACACCUGAGCAAGUUGCUAAGCCACUAGAGGAAUGAAAAACAAACAAAAAAAGUGAUAUCUGCUAUGCAGUCUACACAAAUGCAACACCACUUGUAGCUUAAAAGUGUACCACAAUUUGGAAAACAAAUGGAAACAAAAUGAAAGUCUGUAAUCUGUAAAAUGAAAACCUGUUCAACAUAAAAUAUCUUUAUUUCGCUUACUGUAUAUUGAAAUUUAAGAUGCUAGAGGAAAGCAAUAUUUAUUGAACAGUCAUUUUUUAGAAUGACAUCUGUCAAUAACCUGCUUUUAUUUUAGAUCUUCAAUUUGAAGAGUCUGUAUACCCCACUAAGAUUGAGAUUCUUGAAACCUACAAUCCUGGAGCAGUGGUUGGCGUCUUGGCCCUGGAGUCUGUUAGCUCUUUUUCAAAGUCAAAAAAACCCAGGUUAGUGCUCUCUAGGGUACAUUUAUAGUCCUCUUAAGUGCAAAGACUCUUCAGUUAAUUCAACAUAAUGUUUUAUUCCAUGUUUUAUAAGCAGCUCUCUGUGGAAAGCAUGAAUCACCUUAAAGUUAAUCGUCAGUUGCUAUUGCAAAAGGUUCACGCAGUCUUUUUGUUGUCUAGAUUUAGUGUUUUAUUGUUCUUAUUCAAGUGCAAUACAUGGGGAUCUUCUGUACAUUAGUCUCAGUCUUCAUGAAUAACUUUGUGAGGAUAUUACUUUUCUUUGUAGAUGGAGAACUCUGUGGUGUGGAGCUCCUCAAGAUUGUCCACCUCGAGCUAGAAAAUUUACCCCACCCCUCAAAAGACUAAAUCAUCCUACAAAGUAAGAUUACAUCUUCGGUCAGUGCAUGAGAAGCAACACUGCCUCAUGCAACUGAUUGUCUAUUUCAUUUAAAAGUUUACAAGUUCAAAAGCAAGGUGAAGUUUAUGUGCCAAUCAAUUCAAAGUUUUAUCAUAUCUCUUUCCCCUCCCCCCCCAUGGAAAUCCCCUUGCCAUUUGAACCUAAACUUUUGAAGAUUGGUUUGGGGUGGUGGUGAAUAGUUUUGCUCAACAAGGGUCAAAGAGAUAAAACUGAAGUACUAAGACCUUUUCUUCUGAGCUAUUCACUUGCAAAAGUGAACUCUUUGCAUUUGAACACUUCCAUAAUUAUUAGAAGAUUAAUAGUCAGUCAGACAAGGAAGGGGAGGAUGUUAAAGCUACAUAUAUAUAUAUAAAUCUUGAUUAUAGUCUAUCCUUGUGGUAUAGUGCUUGAUGUGUUCGCAGAGUGACUGGAAUAUCUGAAAAUUGGACAAAUCAAUAAGACAUAACUUUUCUGUGACUCUGAGUUUCGGGCUUAUGCAAUCGUCAGACAGAUUUUUAUCUGUCUGAUGAUCUGAUUAAAUCUGUCUGAUUAAAUCUUUCUGAUGAUUGCGCAAGUGUGAAACUCAGAGUCACAGAAAAGUUAUGUCUUAUUGAUUUGUCCAACUUUCAGAUAUAUAAUAUAUAUAACAUAUACUGAAUCACACACUGAAUCAGAUGUUUCCAUACUUAGCGGUUAUUUCAAGGAUUAAGCAACAGUUCAGUUUUGUGGUGUUGAUUGCAAAUAGCGAUAAAAGUUUUUUCACAUUGUUUUAAAAUGUUUUUCUUUGCUUAAACACAACAAGUUUGAUUCAAAUUUUAGCAAAAGAAACCCAGGAAAUCGAGCAAACAAGCUUAAAUUGUGUGCUACUUUGAAAAGCAUUUAAUCUAUAUGAAAGAGUUUUAAUAUUUCUGUGUUACACUGUAUAUGUCUCUGGUGUUCUGUGACAUUAAUUUCUGUGUGUUAGACGUCAAUAGCAUAUAUUAAUUAUAUGGGACUUAGGAUCAACUUAUCAAGCUGUUAUGCGCUUUUGGAUUAAAAAAAAAUUGGAAAUGCCAAACAUGCAACUUAAAAUGGUAAUUUUUGAAAUUAUUCGCAUGCCACUAUAAAAUCUGGAUAAUUACAUGAAUGUAGGGGGAGUGGAAUACCAUAUUUCUUCAAUUAAGUGUUUGGGUGCUUAUUUAAAUUUCAGCUAAAAGCAGACAUGUUUAUCAGAAGGAGGACACUGUAAUUGCACAUACCAUAUUUAUUUGACUAUAAGCUGAGCGAUUUUUUACACAAAUUAAAACUGAAGUGUAUUAAAAUAUGGGCUCUAGAGGGGGUCUCAGCUUAUAGCCAAAAGUUUUGGAAAAAAAUUUUUCUAGUGCAUUGGAAACUCUACUAAAUCAGGAUGUAUUUACUUAUAAGCCGAGCUAAAGUAAAGAAACACAAUAUGCAAUUGUUGUUUUGGUGUGAAGGCUGACAAGGGACACUUUUAAACUCAGGAUCCUUGCUGAAUUCUUUUGCCUUUAGAUGUCGCCUUAAUCCACUAACAGCUAUUUUGAAAUAAAUGAUUGAGAACAUGAGAUUGUUGAUAGAUCCUACAGAUGUGUAGGUACUGGUGAUGCCACUCAACAACACUGUUAGUUUUAAAUUGAUAUUUUGGAUCACAUUAAUUCAUCUGAGUUAUGAUUUAUUACCUUUCAAUUGAAUAGUUAGUUAUGGGUAAUAUUUAUUAAUUUGCGUGUGUUUUCUGAGAGAGAAGAUUUUUUUGCCCUUUGCAUAUUAAAUCACCUCUUGUAUACAUGCGUGUGUGUUAUUAUCAAAGCCUCAUUUAUGAGAAUCAAUGUGGUUUUUUUCAGAAAAUGUUAGGUUUUCCCUUAGUUAACAAUUCAGUCUUGUAAUAAUGAAUGGGUCUUGGCUUAUAGCCAGGUAUUUUUGAUUUAUUUUUGGUUUUCAUUAUGCCAAGUCUACACGUACAAAGUUUGGGGUCGUGGCUUCUAGCCGAAUAAAUACGGUAAUGACAAUUUUGUAUUAAUUUCAGAUUAAUUCGGUUGGAGUUCAAUCAAAGUCAUCUCAGCUAUUACACUGAACUUGAUGCCGUUAUUUUGUAUGGAACAGCAACUAGCAAUGACUUUCAGCAUAAGGAAUUGAAAAGUUUAGCAAAAGGUGAUGAUGCACAGGUGUCUAUAACAACAAACUUGUUUGCUCAACUGUCUGUCAAGUCUGGUGAGAAAGAUAAUAAAAAUGGCAGUCAGGGAGAGUUAGGAAACAAUGGAUACUUUGAUAUUUUACCAGUAAGUUUUUUGCCAUCUCUGUUAUAUAAUUACUGUUUGUUAAUUACUGGCCUUUAGCAUGCACAUGCUUUUGUUUAAAGCAUAGAGAAGAAUCCUUUUAUUAGGGCAGUACACCAUGGUGCAGGGCUGGAAAAAACAGCCCUGCAUUCCUGUGGGAUGCAAAAUGGAGGAUGAAUGGAAAAAAUAGAAAGAGUGUAUCUAGAUAAAAGAAUUGCUUGUCAAGCGAGUUAAGUUAGGCUGAAUGGUAAAAUAAAAAACAUUUGCUUGAGCCAAAUAUUUUCCCAUCCAGACCUGGUUCCUCAAAGGGUAGGUAAUGCUAUCCAGUGGAUAAAUCUCUGUCUGGUGGAUUGCAUGUACGUUUUGUGGACACUUAUCUGCUGGAUAGUGAUUUUUUCAUUGGAUAGCAUUAUUCUUUCUUCAAACAGUUAGGUCCUGGUCCUUGAUUUCAUAAAUAAGUACAUGUUGGUUGUAAGGCAGACUUCUCAUUAAGCAGGCACCCUGUGGUUAGUAGAUCCACUACAACCCAACUUCCAAGUUUCCCUCAAUUUUUUCUGUAUAAAAAAAGUACAGUGUUUAAGAUUGAAUUUAUUCUUUAAAAUGUAUGUUCCACUCAAUAUAAAUUCAGUGUAUCCCUAUCUUUCCCCAUAGGACGAACUGAUUCACUAUAUCUUCUCAUUCUUGGAACUGAUAGACUUAAUCAGAGCUGCAUUUACAUGUAGGUAAGGUCCUCCUAACUGAUAGUAGCAGUUGACUCAGAUUGUGUCUAAAUUUCUUUGCAACUUUGAAAUUUCAUAUCCAUGGACAGAUGGUAAAAUAUAAAAAGGUAGUUUCUAAGAUGGUGAAGAUUAAUAUAGAUUGUUCAUGAUAAACUUAUAUUGGUAAUAACAUGAUUUUGAGUGCGAGAUAACAAAUGAUUUUGAGUAAGAGAAAUCAUGUUGUUAUUGAUGUUAGAGUCUCUUUUGACAGAGAUUUGUAAUUUCCCAGAAAACUUUGCAUUCGUGUAAUGAAACUUUUUAGCCAAUCAGACGAUUUUCCACAUAUAUCAUUAUAAGCAUGAAUGGAAAUAGGAUUCAACAAAUGUUUUGAAUAUUUUUUUAUCGGAGGGUAAAAGGAAGGAGUAAUAAAACAUGACCACAAUACAAAUGGAAAUAUGGUUGGAAUUUUUGUUACUAGUAAAAAGUAUAAAACAUGACCCAAUAACGUAUUCAUUUGAUACAGUAAGAAAAAUCACGUUUUUUGCGAUACAGUAAGAUCAGUUUUUUUGCGAAAUUCCUCAUCGCCUUUUCUGUAACUAUUUCAUGAAGCAUCCAGCAACAAAAUCGAAAUUGCCUGGGUUUAAAUCCCCAAGGUGAGCUCAGAUUUUUGUCUUUUGAAACAUGCUUACUACAAAGGCUCAACAUCUUGUUAUCGAGAAACGUUUUUCCUUACAGCAACUAAGACAACCUUGAUUACUGUAACCAGACUUCUCCCAUGUUUCUUUGUCCAUGUUUCUGAUUAAUUUGGUUAAAAUGAAUGAAUUUGUAAUUUUGACCUGCAGAUUGUUUUCUGUACAUUGCUUUGACCCCGUUUGGUACAAAGAAUUGGAUUUGAAGCCCUACUGGAACCAGGUAAUUGUUGCAUUUCUUAUUCGAGUUUAGUUUUGUUCAAACAAUAGAGUGUCUGUAGUGUAAAAUUUAAGCCCCGUUAAAACAGUCAUGAUAGAUGAUGAUAGUUUCGACUAUCACGCGCGUUUGUUCACGAACUAUCAUGCACCAUCAUCGACUAUCAUGUAGUUUGAACAUAUUCAAAUUUAACAUGGCAGUUGAUGAUAGUUUUUACAGUUUGAACGAGCAGAUGAUAAAGAAUGAUAGUUUUGCGGCAGCAGUUUGCCAAAAACGGGUUCAAACCGAAAUGGCAAAAGGUGAGAUGACUUAAAUAGCCGUCAAAAUGUUGUAUUAUUUCUCGUAGUUUAUUUUUUUCAUGUCCUGGUAGGCUUCAGUAUCUUCAAAUACCACCGAAAUUGCUGAUCUCGUCGCGCGCCACAUUUGUCAACAAUUACGCGGUCUCACUGCGUGAUUUUGGCAGCUAUUAUCAACUAUCAUGAACCGUUUGAACGGAAACAUGAUAGUCUAUUGUAAAAUGUUGAGAGAAAUGCGCGCGCCGUGAUUGGUCAGGACGAAGAAGAAGUACGAGAAGCACUCGCUUUAGGCUCGUGCUUCUCCGCACCUCUCUCGUGUUGUUAAAAAUUCCCGCGUGCUUAGAUAACUCAAAAAUACACUCGGCGCGUUUUUUAUUUCCUUAUGAUAGUGAAGGAGAGUUAAAACUAUCGUCAACUACCAUCAACUGUCAAUAAAUCAUGACCAGUUGAAGGGGCUUUAAGCUUUAAUCGUACAUAAGUCAAACUUAAAUAAAACUUGGAAACUCUGUAAAAUUAACAACGUUCGGUCUAGGCAACGAAGAGGGUCACGUGAACAGGAUAAUCAUUCGCCAGGUUAUUGUCAAAAAUAUCUGAACUAGUUCGAACAAAGUUUUGCCGUGUCAGCAAAAUAGAAAUUCAUGCUUUAUCCCGUGAAUACGAGAAAAGGUGAGAAGCUUCAAGUCGUGUGAAAAUUAAUCGCACAAAAAUUCCUUUGUUUCCUCGUUUUGAGACGCUCGAAAUGACUUACAAGCGUCUUCAUACUCGACUCGAACGUCUCGAAACUCCACUCGAGCCUCGAUCCGCGAAGUUUUCGAAAAUUGAGGAUCGAGAAUCGAGUUUCGAGGAACUGUCAACUUAGUGUUGAGCAGUACUAUAGGUGUGCUUGCAUUUAAAGAAAAAAUUGGGUGUGUUUGUGAAAACUUUCAUUGAUGCCAUGGCAAGUUGAGAAGAGGAUUUCAACUUGAUCAGGCAUAACAGGGCAUUUGUUAAUGCCGAUAUUUUACUAGACUAUUAUAUUUUCAUUUUCCCUUAUUCGAACUGUUCUGGCUUCAUGUUUUUAAAGGGUUAAAUCAGUACGUUUGAAUUACAUGCUGAUAUCCAUGCGUCUUUCUGUCCUCUCCAGAUAACAGAUGAAACAUUGGAUCAUCUUCAAAUUUGUUGUGCUUCCACAGAAAAGUUGGACAUGUCCUGGUUAGGACCUUAUGACGCUGUUACCCGCCAUGGAAUUUCUAGGUAUCGUAUUUCUCCUUUGGCUCUUGUUCUGACCGUCCAAUCACAAAUCCUGGAUUUACCCAGCCUUUCUUAUGUUGCAAUUAUUUUCCCAUGUAUCAAAGUUAAUAGUCGAGUGGAAUAAAGAAUGAUAGAAAUGAAGGUUUCUUUUAAGAAGCUCAACUGCGUUUCUUUUCACAGAUUUCUGCGGAAGUGUGGAAGUAACCUUUUGUGUUUAAGACUAAGUUGCUGUCAGUUUGUGGACGGUGAAGUGAUUAAAACCAUAAGCAAGUUUUGUCCCAAUUUGGAAGGUUUGUUCCUCUUGAAAAUUGUCUCAUUUUUCUGUUUCUUUUCUUCUCGGUUGAAAGUAUAACUUUAAUAUGCAAGAAGUAGGUCACGCAAUAAAAAAAGGCAGCAACAACAAAUGUACCUUUUCUAGAGAGGGACCACAAAAUAUUGAUUUAAUAAGAUUGAAAAAGGCCCUAAAUUGGAAGAAAAAUAAAAAAGGGACAAAUUUGGUGGAGAAUUUAGAGGUUGACAUGGAAUCCAGAUAGUGAACGCAAAAAAAAAAAUAUACUAAAUUUAGAAUACGAGCAGUCCCUCUUGCGUACCGCGUAGCCUCACAAGUAGCCUCACUCCCAGAGUCCCUUGCGGCGCGCUCACAGCGAUGGAUUUCGCUGAUAACGAGGCGCUGCUAUUAGUCUAGCCUAUAUUUUUUUAGGAGAAACAAAUUUUCACAUAAAUCUUAUGUUUUGGUUUGCUAAAAACAUUUUAGCUCAGUCAAACUGAUCAUACAAAUACUAACAGAAGAACCUCCGCUCACUCGAACUGCUAAGGGAAUGGAGGCAGUACGAGAUAACGGAGGAAUCUAGUUGCCCGAAAUAAAUGUACUCUUCAUGCUCUUUACGCAACUGACGCCUUUUUUUGUUCUGUCUCCACAGAACUUGACCUCCAGUCCUGCAGUUCAGAGUCGUUACUCAGUGAAUAUGGGCUUCAUGAGCUUGCAAACUUGAAAAAAAUGAAACGAAUCAAUCUUUACCGAGUUCCCGUCAAGGAUCUUCUGCUGAAACAAUUGAUUCAGUAGGUACUAGCAUUGAUUAUCAUGGCAAAGACUUCUUGUCUCACUGGCAGUCUCCCCACAAUUAUACACCACUGUUUAGUUUUUAGGUUUGUUUGUUUGGUUUAUGGUGCAUUCCUGAAAAAUGUUUUGACAAUAUCAGUUUUAAUCUUUUUGCGAACGUUUCGACGAUUUGAUGGAUGUCUUCAGGUGGUGUAUAUGCCUUUGUUUCGUUUUUGUCUUUGUUUUUGUUUUUUGAGACAUUAAAACGUAGCGGCUACUACUUCCAAUGUGCUCUGACAUAAAGAAAUCAACUAGAGUGUCUUCAUUUUAGCAUUUUCAUUCAAACGGUACAAACCAAAAAUAUUUUGAAAGCGCCAUAGGGUUAAAAAAUAAUUAUUUUUCGUCUGUGUCUCACGAACCUCCGUGCUCAAGCUACCGUGCAAAGAAUAAAAGAAAUUGGCUAACGACGACAGUGGAGCCGUGCAGCAGACCACAUUUGAAGAAAUACCCCUUCGUGGCUAACAAGCGUACAACGAAAGAACGCCAAAUUUGUUUGCGGAGUUGGGGAAAGCGGUCUCGUUCCUCAAUCUUUUUUUUGUGUGUGUGUGUUUUAUUAAUUUUUAUUAAUUCAAAGUUACAUACAUUUUUCAUAAACAAACAUAAUUCACAUAAACAGACAGACACGGUACAUAUAUCUACAUACACAAUCCACAGUUCCUCUUAGCUCUCCUCGGCUUCUAAAUAUAAUACUAGUACAGUGCAGCAACAAACAUGAGAUUCUAUAUCAUCUAAUAAUUUUUGUACUUGUCCCAUUUCAUAUUAUGAGCUAUUAGCUUAUUAUUUGAUUUUGCGAUCAUUGUCUCGAGUUGGUGGAUCGUUUUAAUUUUGAGGUUUAAUACUUUAAUUGAAUUAAUUAAUUAAAUUCCUCAAUCUUGCUUUGGACCGAUAAACGUUAUAUUGGUGGGAUGUAUAUUAAUAAUGUUCAAUCUUUUGUGUCAUAUUACUGCAGGUCUUUUAGUAAUCUUCAGCAUUUGAAUCUCGGUGACUGUCAACACGUUACGGAAUGUGACACCAUCAUGCAGUUACUCAGUGAAUACUGCAAGUAAGAUCAACUUAUCAUUACAGUAACGAGUCUAAAGUAUUAAAACUUCGAUACCAAAUCUAGUUUCUGGUUUAUAUUAUUAUAUAUAUCCAAAUGAUAGUGACGUGUCUUCCAAGUGUUCAAUUUAUUUCGUCUAGGAUCGUAGCUUCAGUGGGUAAACUUAUCCCUUUCUUUUCUCUUUCUUAGAGGAUUAGUAUCUCUUGAUUUGUGGAGGAACAAAAGCCUUACAGAUUUCGGUAUCAUGUCAUUAGCUGACGGCUGUACUCUACUGGAAGAACUUGAUGUGGGGUGGUGGUGAGUACCUUUUCUUGGCUUUAUAGGGAGGGACCGUCUUGGCCGAAUGUGUUUCCUUUUAAGGGCCCAGUCGUUCGAAGACCGAUUAACGGUAACCCAAGGUUAAAUUUUAAUCCGGUUUUCUUUAUUCCUUCGUUCAAAAGCCUUUUGUGGCCAAAAAAAGAGCGUUAGCCCUUCGUUAGCGAAGAGAGGAAUUUUGGGUUGUAUGUGGUUUAUAUACAGAAAGAUGGAGCUACAUUAUUGAUGGGAACGUGGUAACAUAAAUAACACAAGGAUAGAGUAGUUGAAUGAAAAGUGUCCAUUGCGGGUAUUGAGAGUGCUGAUUUGAAAGACUAUCACUCUGACGAAGGGCUAUCGCUCGGAACGUCAGCUUUAGAAACUCUUUACGGUGGCCAAUUCACAUUAUCAACUCAGUUGUUAAAACCAGUAAAAUCUUAUUAUACCCUGCCGACGCAGCACCAAAGUUUUUUUUAUGAACGUACCCCGUUUAUUCAUUAAUUAAAAAAAAAAGUUUUUUCAGUCAGCGGUAGGUUUUGGCCUCGUCAACUUUUGCUCGAAAAGUGCUUAAUUCAUUUAUUAGCAAGCAGUUGUAGAUGAACAAAUUCGCGUUUUGUGUUUGAAAUGUGCAAUGGUAGUUCGUCUGUCAUGAAUUUUUCGAGUGUAAGGAGAAUCUCUUUCAAAACUUAAUUUGUGUCUCCUCUGAUUUUCAACCGCUCUUUCCCAGACCAAAAUGCUUUUUAAAAAAAUGUUCCCCAUCACAAUGACACACACUUAUUCCAUAAAUGUCCCAUUACUGUACCCUCUCCUCUCCCCCUCAGGGGAAGUGAGAGGGGGUUCUACUUAGUUCUCUAUCAUGGUAAGCAAGAUAAACGAUUGGGUUUCACAGAGGCCACCUUCUUUGAAGUCCUGUAGUCCUUGUAGUUCUGACUGGUACAAUCGUAAAAAAUCCAUUCAGAAGAGUCAGUGGGCAUUUAUUACUACCGUCGAACCUGUAUUCAGCGGUCACCCACUCUUAAUACAGGUUCACGUAAUAGGAGUCAAACGCGAUAAAAAGCCUUUUUGUUGUUACAGUCCUAAGAAGAAAAUAAUCUGCAAUGCGUUCACGACAUUUGAACUCAAAGUACUUACAUUGAUUCUGGAAGAUAAACAUUGAAUAAAUUUGACCUGAAAGAUUAUUCUUAGUAUUAUUUGAGUGGUUCCUCUUUAAGUGACCGUUCAAUACAAAUGGAAGACAAUACAGAGAGACCUUUGGGACUCAGUCAUGGGUGGGAGGUGACCGCUCAUAGAGGUGAAAAUUACAGUACUUAAGAGAAAGUCAUUUCGGGACUUCGACAACCGAGCGCGCUUAAUACAGGUUCGAAUGUACUUUUCUUCUUUUGACAAUUUUUUUUUUUUCUCUUCUGUAGCUCCACAGUGACAAACGCGGCGGAAUGUAUAUCUUGCUUGACCUCUAAGUGUAGGAAACUGAAAAAGUUGUUUCUUACAGCGCUGAGGUAAUUUAAAUUGUCUUUCGUUAUUCAGAUGUGUUGUUUAGUUAUUUGUUUCGCUCUAUUUUCUUUGUUUUAUUUUCCAUUGAUCUUUUUGUUUUUCUUGUAAUGUCCUUGUUUCUUAAUAUUUUUCCCUACUUACGAAAAUGAUUUAAGAACGUCUUAAAGGAAGCUGUAAGGAAAUAUUUUCCAAAAGGGUUUCAGAUACGGAAGUAAUUUUUUCUAAACAGACCCAAACAUAACUUCGAAUUGUCGUCUACUAAUUUUGCUGGUUCCUUGUUCUAAUUAAACGGAAUUUUUGAAAGACGUCUUUAGUGCUAUCAACGGAGUAAUGAAUUCAGUGAGGUUGAGAAUCACAAGCAAAAUGACUGAGCUUUCAUUUGACAGACAAGAAAGUGAUUACGCGUUUUACAGUGUAAUGGUUUCGUCUAAUGGCUAAGUUCCUUUGAUUACAUUGCAAAUUUUUUAACUCAACGAUUUUCAUGUUUUCAGGUCAGUCAGUGACGAUGUUAUAAAUGCGUUAGCAAAUAACUGCCCUGACUUAGAACAAGUAGAUGUGCUGGGAACUGGUCUUAUUCGUCCCCAUUCUAUCACCAGGUAACUUUUUUUUUCUUACAGCGUCCGUUGACAUGAAACUAGAAUGUUUCCGCCUUUCCUUCUCUUCCAUUUUCGUAUUCCUGUUCGAUACCCCGAAUAGUUCGAAAUCGAAACAGGGAAGCACGAAAUUCCCUCGUUUCCUGUUUUGGAAACUUGAGGUUCACCGAUAGCAGAGCAAUUUGGAUAGGUGCCAUAUUCAUAUUUUUUCUACGACUUCCGCGGGAAUGGAAGUGGUAAAUGUGCGUGGAGAAUCAUUCUCAGUUGUAAUGAAAUCAUUACCAAAUUUAUCUCAAUGACCAAUAAAAACUAAGAAAAGGUCACAACUAGCAAACGAGACCCAAAAUAACAGUAACAAAAAACAGCCUGCUGCGCAGGAGAACGCAAGAGACCAAGUCGCGAUUAUAUCUGAUAAGUUAAGAGCAAGGAAGCGCGAAUUUCCUCGACCUAUCACAGAGCGAAUUGAAACAAAACAAUACAGUCGCAGAUUACGUGGCCUACCCUACUCAAUUGUCAACUCCUCUAUCAUCACGAUGGUGUUUUGCGGAGAAUACUUGUGACAAAAAUGUUAGUUUCGAAUGUGUUGUUGCUGGUGCGCUCUGUUUUAGGCGAAACACGAGGUCGCGGAAAGUGAGAUGUGUUGCUUUCUCUUGUAGGUUGUUAAAAGAAUGCAAAAAGUUGCGGUUCCUCGAUGUCUCCUUCUGUUCGCAGUUAUCAAAAGAGUUUGUCGAAAAUUUGCGGUCUAUGUAUCCAGACGUGUCAAUUAAGAAGAGUUUUGUGACGGACGACCCGUUCUGA